AUGUCUACUCUCAAAGAACCAGCUGUGGUUGUUGUCGGCAACUCUUCAUCCUCUUCAACCGAUGAAGAUGUUGCGGUCCCGAUAUCGACAAAUGUUAUCGAACCCAUAACUGCUAAGCGACCUCUAUGGCGCCGACUGGUGGGUUUCUUCUGGGACUCUGUUGAUGGAGAUCCUCGAGACAGGAGGUACAUCCAGAAGCUGGACACAUUCCUCUUUUCGUAUAUUUGUCUCGGUUACUUCAUCAAAUACCUUGACCAGACAAACAUCAGCAAUGCGUUUGUCAGUGGGAUGAAAGAAGACCUUGGUCUAUACGGAAACGAGCGAAACUGGCUGAACAGUUACUUCAACAUUGGUUACCUGAUCGGUACUGUGCCGACGCAGAUGGUCCAGCUCAAAUAUGUUCGACCAUCAAUUUGGAUUCCUCUCUGCGAGGUCUUGUGGUCGGUUUUGGUGAUGGCUAUGGCAUCUGCAAAGAACGUGGAGACGCUUUACGCCCUCCGAUUCUUUGUUGGUUUACUCGAAGCCUGUGCUUUCCCUGGAUACGCCGCUCUGCUUGGUGGUUGGUAUGGACCGCGUGAGUUGACCAAGAGAAUGGCCAUCUUUGAACAAACAAGUGGUAUCGCUUCCAUGUUCAGUGGCUACUUGCAAGCAGCCCUUUACAAGGGCCUUGGUGGGCGACACGGCCUCGCUGGCUGGCAGUGGCUGUUUAUCUUUGAUGGAAUUAUCUCAAUCCCGAUCGCCGUCUGGGGCUUCUUUGCGAUCCCCGAUCUUCCACAUACCACCCGAGCAUUUUACUGGACAAAGGAUGAUAGAGAAUACGGCAUCCAACGGGCUGAAAGCAAUGGGCGCGUUGCCCCCCAGCCCUUGACAUGGCGGGCUAUCAAGGGCGUUUUUUCCAAUUGGAGGCUCUGGGUUUUCAUCCUGCCAUAUCUAAUGGUUGCCCAAGCAGGCAGUGGUACUGGUUACUUCAACCUCUACCUCAAAGCCGAGGGCUAUAGCGUGGUGCAGACCAACGUUUUGCCUACUGCUGGCAAUGCCAUCAGUGUUGUAGCCGCAUUCGCAGCUGGCAUGAUCGUCGAUGCCACUCAGGCUCGUCUUACAAUGUCUGUCAUUAUUCAACUGGCUGUUGUCGUGUCCAACAUCCUGCUUGCUGUCUGGUACAUUCCCAACGGCGCAAAGUUGUUUGCCUACUUCUUGUCUUACGUCGGAAGUGCAGCUCAGCCUAUUAUCAUUUCAUGGGGCCACCAUCUCAACGCUGGUGAUCCAAACCUUCGUCAGCUCUUGGUUGCGACCGGCAACAUCUUUACCUACAGUUUCUCGACAUGGCUCCCCUUGGUCCUCUUCCCAACCUACGACGCUCCCCAUUACAAGUACGGUUACCAAGUCUUGAUUCUCUUUGGUGGUUUGGCAGUCAUCGGUGCUUACUUGCUUAAAACUCUCCACGGGAGGUUUGGAUAA